AUGAACUUACUUCGAAUGGACUUCAUAGUGGACACGAUACGAACCAAUCUCCAAUUGAAUAGCAAAGAUACUCCCGAGGAGGAGAGUAUUUAUAUUCCGCCGUACAAUUUGGACCUACUUCCUCGUCCUAUACGAUUGCGAAUCGUUGAUGAGCAGGAACUGAAAAGGGACGAGUUGCUAGAUGAGAGCAAACUUCAAGUUCUCGACGUGGGAUGUGGCGGGGGUAUCUUGGCCGAGUCAAUGGCCCGUCUCAAGUACGUAGACCAUGUGAAAGGCAUCGACUUGUCGCCAGAUGUCAUUGAAGCUGCGAAGCUCCAUAUGAAGAAAGAUCCCAUAUUACGAGACCAGGGUAAAAUUAGCUACGAAUUACAGGCAAUUGAAGAUGUCAAAGACACGGAAAAGUACGAUGUCAUAACCAUGUUCGAAAUGUUGGAACACGUCAAGUAUCCAGCCCAAGUGUUGAGUGCGGCCAUGGAUCAUCUCGAGGUGGGCGGAUGGCUUUUUCUCUCUACCAUCAACCGUGAUCCUAUCAGUUGGUUCACUACCAUUUUCAUGGGAGAGCAUAUACUCCGUAUUGUCCCUGUGGGCACCCACAAUGUGGAAAAGUAUAUUAAUGAGUAUGAAAUAAGUGAUUGGGUCAAGACCAAUAGACCCGACUUUGUCGUCACGGACAGCAAAGGAUGUAUAUAUUUGCCGGCGUACGGCUGGAAAUUCACUGAGACAGCGCUGGUGGGCAACUACUUUAUGGCAAUCAGGCGUGUGAAGUAG